AGAUAAUGCAGAAAUAGCUCGUUCCCGAUGGCAUAAUGCAGGGUGGCCUUGCUGUUCUCAGCUUUAACUUCAACAAUGCAUACAAGUAAUUAUACUCUGGGCAUACACUGUAAGGUAGUAGGCAAACGUGCUGGUGUCAAUUUGUUUCAUUGGUGUAAACCAAAACUCAGGUACAGUACAUGAAAAGAAGCAGCCAAAUGAUAGCCCGGCCCAACAAACGACAGUUGAAAACAAAAUGAGGAAAAUAAAAAUAAUCAAAUAUCCCAGUCUAUCCAAAGCGCCUGUUCCCAUUUUUCGUCAUCAUCAAACAUUCCAUCCAGAUCUCGUAUCGCCAGAAAACCACCACGUGGGAUAUUCUGCGUCACUGUACCGCGCUACCUCUGGUCAGGCGGUCCGUGGCGUAUUCGCUUAGGCUUGCUGUCGGCGCAAAAUCAUCGCGGCCGAAGCAGCAAACUUUUUUUGAGUCGCGUUUGUUAAAAAAAAAGUUUACAUUUCGUGAUUCGUAUAUACGUGUGCUGCAAGUCCCGAGUUAGAAAUCAUAAAAAUAAGAAUAAGGAUGUAGAGCCGGGAAUACCGCCCGCCUGACGAAACACGUACGUCGUAGUGUAAAAGUCGACCCUCUCAUUACAUUACUGUACAAGUGCAGCAUCCUUCGGCGCACCAUCGCGAAGACUUCCAGCGUUUCCUGUCUUCACAUUGCGUGCAUAUGUCUGUGUCGUAUAUGAUGUCGUCUCUGCGGCCUGGGCAUCCUUGCCUGUGGCAUUGCGUGCUGCCCCGAGACACCUGGUGCUUGCACUUGUACUCGAUGAUGUUGUGAGUGCACAUUUGCGUUGUCGUUCCGUCGUUUUACACGCCCCGUCGCAUAGAGGCUAUGAUGAGGAAUCGAGAGAUACGAAACGGCAAUAUCGCAGCAUUGUUCUGUGGUGGCUAGUCGUCUUUUGGGAGGAGGCAGGGCGAGAGGCGCAACUUGUAUUUAUACAAACCUUGUUUGCCGCAGACUAGCCCUUUGUCAGUCGGUAGCAGUAACACACCAUACCACACACACCCAAGCCGGCAAACCCAGUCACCGUUCCGUAAGCGUCCCAUGCAUAGCGGCCAGGAAGUACUGUACCCUCCACACUGAAGCGAGUCCGGUGGCCAGACAUUCUCUUCCGGCCGCGUCAUGGCUAGUGAUUUAGCUCCGUUCCGCGCCACUCCCCCACCACUACCACCACCGCCUAAAACUUAACCGAUACAGUGGGUGCGGCAGAAGAUGUUGAGGGGCGAACCAACUACAGUGCAGUAGUGUAGAAUAUAGUGGGCUCCUGUCCGUUUUUCUCGCUGGCGGUUGGGCUGUGCUCGUGGCUUAGAAGCCCACCUUUUGCCGUGUAUAGCAUAGUAGCGUCUGCGAAAUACGAAGCCCGGCGGCGCUGUAGCUGUGUAUCCGCCCCUCUAUCUGCCGUUGAAGCCGGGCUGUGAGGGUAGAGAUCCGGCUUUUUGGUUUGUAUUCAAAGUCCUGUUGCCCCGAUGGAUCCAGAGACUAAAAUAGACGCUCCAAAGGCGAACGGCUUAUGCAGGAUCAUGCGAUGGCUUUGCGGCGGAUCACCAGCAAAACGAAGUCGUAGUUGGUGCUGCGCCUACCGGAUGGCAGGACGCAGCUGUGUAUUCUUUCAGCAGUAUUCCGUCCAAAUAAAAUGUGGCAAAGGCCGUUGAACCUGUGAGUCGCCGAUGGAUCUCUGAAAAGGGUAAACGAUGCACAGGACAAGGCGGGCGGCUGGCGGUUCCUAAGAUCCCGCACAGGGCCGGCAGCACGCUUCCGGUCAAACGUUUCUCCCCCGCUUGCCAUGUCAGCCGCUCGUCGAAGGCCAACAUCGCCGUCACCCCAUUAGAACCCGUCCGGCAUGGUAGUGAGUGCAGCGGAAAAUGCGCGGAUACACUGUGUUAAGGCCAAAAGCAAUAGAGCCGUCGAUUUAUACAUCGGCUGUAACAGCGCCAAGGCUGCAAAAGAAACAACAUCCGCGGAGCCGCACAGGAUGUCUGACUUGCCGAAAUCGUCGAGUAAAAUGCGAUGAAUCUCAGCCUAUAUGCAAGCGGUGUGCCAUUGCAAGAUUGGCCUGUGAGUACCGCAAGCCCAAGCAGGCCCGCCAGCUUCACCAAGCAGUCUGGCUACAACCCGCUACUGUUCUGUGUCCCGAUGGAAUCCAACCCGUAGGAUACGAAAUCGAUCUCUUUGGGACCUUUCGCAGCUCAAUGGUGACCCUCUUUGCCGGCAUGUUCAACAAUCGGUUCUGGCGAUUUGACGUCCCGACGGCCGCCCAGGUGUAUCCUAGCAUGUGGCAUGCUGCUGUUGCUCUGACCGCCAUCCAUAAAAGCAUCAAGGUAGACAAGCAACCCGUUACGCCACCAGAUGCAGACAGCACGCUAGUGCCGCGCAAUCAGCUCUAUCGAUAUGCUCUAAUGCACUUCAACAAAUCUAUUCAAUACUUGGCCACAGUCGUUAGCUCCUACGGCGAGAACCUGGGCAACAUGAGAUACAAAGACAAGGAAAUGAUUAUCAUGACCAAUAUAUUGUAUAUUGGAUUAUGUGGUGUACUGCGUGAUGAACAGCAGGUGACAUCCCAAUGUUGGAAUCUAGUCAACAUACUCGAAACAAUGAAAUUCGGCGAAGAAGACCCUAGCUCCCGACGAGGUAUUAUGGCAUACAAGGAUCUGUUAUCCAUUAUUCUCAUUAUCGAUACCGUUAUAUCGCAACAAACUAGUCUUCCGGAGAGAUGGGCCCGGAAGUGGGUAGUCAAGUGUCCAGCCGUUAACAGAUUCACUAGUAUGACAGACGCAUACCUCGCAUUGUUACCCACACAGUACCCUAACCUUUUGGAUCGAGAAACGUUUGUGAGCCCACAAGAUCAGGGGCCGCUGCGAACCAACGUACGGCUAGAUAUGAUAGAAGAAUAUAAUGCCAAUCUCGACGCAUUUGUGCGAAGCGGCUGCACUUUCACGCCAUCUGAGCGCGAAACCAUUGACGCUCUCCAGCUUUUCAUGGAUGCGUCUGUUCUCCGAGAACAAGCCAUCCUAGCGACAACCAGAGAGGAGGUUCGGAUUGUAAACGACAAGAUUUUCCUCAUACUGGAUAGGUUUGAACAAGGCAUGGCCCGAACAAGUCUGGUGGAUGGACCGUAUUCAACGGAGCCUCCACCUUUUGUCUUUGGUCCAUCCUACGGCAAAGUCUUGCAAAUCAUGAUUAUUAUCUCGAGUCGACCGGAAGUGCGCUGGAAAGGAAUUGAACUGAUGAGAAAAUGGCCGUACAACGAGGCCACGAAUCGCAGUGAGGCAAUCGUGUCUUUGUAUGAAGCCAUGAUGGAACACUGCCGUACUGGCCCCGAGAGGACAUUGCCAUUUCAGAAGAGUGGCCUUCCUAUAGCAAUCCGCCUCAGUGAUUCUAAUGUUGAUCCCUAUAAUGGUUGCGAAUGCAUACCAGAUUACCACAUCUGCGGAGGCCACAAGAUGGGAAACUAUGAAAGAGAUUUGAUUGGCCCGUCGCCAAGAGUCGGGAUUUUAAGUUGGUACGAGCGGCUCAACAAUCUUCCCAUUAGUGCGUGGUAUCCUUAUAAUCCUUGAAAUAAAAGUCGGAAGUUGGUUAUGCGCAGCAAUGUUGAAUUUGGCUUCACUAUGAAUUCCGGUAAACUUAACAGACUAUUAGAAAUUCUACGAUAGGAAACACACAGUAGUGGAAAGCCACUGAUACUUUAUACAGGUAAAGACUAGCUUUGCCACCAACAUUAGCCAUUUUUCUCUAGAGGGCAAGAUGCGGUACCAUGUAUUACACAGCUUAAAAGGACAAUGAUUUAUGUAUUUGUUUUU